AUGUCUUUUUAUUUAUGGAAAAGUGUCAAGCUUCAUUCAAGAGCCAAUUGGCUAUUACAAGGCAGUUUUCAUAGUAGAACACUACUUGGUUGGACUUCGCAUACCAGUGACAAGCCGCAGAACUUCACUUUAACCAAAACGAUUAAUGCGACUCCAAGUCAAGUUUACGACGUGGUAUCUGAAGUUUCCAAAUAUCACGAAUUCAUUCCAUACUGCAUAGAGUCUUUUGUUAACGAGCGUAAUCAAGUGGACAAUCGACCCACCGAAGCAGGUCUUAGAGUCGGGUUCCGACAGUACGACGAGAGAUACACUUGCAAGAUAAAAUGCGAAGAAAAGGCUAAUGAAGAGUUCAUUGUCCAGGCCGAUUCCAUCUCACAUACUUUGUUUCAGGAUCUCUCGACGCGAUGGAUUAUAAGGGCUCAUCCACAAAGGCACAAUGCCACACAAGCAGAAUUGCUUCUAAGGUUCAAAUUCAGAUCUAGGCUUUACAAUAGUGUUUCAUCCAUCUUUGGUAAAAGUGUGACAGAAUUAGUUAUGAAGGCAUUCGAGAAGAGGGUAUUUGAACUUCGGAAACGAUCUCUCAAAGCGGCUACAAAUGCCAGUAAUAUGUGA